UCUUGAUUGUCCAGCAGAGAACUGCAGUUUCUUCUUCUCUUCUUCUCCUCCUCUGCCAUGGACUCCUCUUCCAUGGACUCUGGCCUGUCUCUGGUCUCCUUCUGGUCUCUGUUAGCAUGUAGCCUGCAGCUGUUAGCCGCGGUGAUGCUAACCCACAGGUGUGGGGGGCGGGGCUUAGGGCCGGACAGGUGGGUGGUGCUGUGGCUCUUCUAUGACGUAAUCGUCCACCUGACGCUGGAGGGUCCGUUUGUGUACAUGUCUGUGGGGGGGCGGACGGUGGAGACUUCAGAGGGUCCUCUGGCGGAGCUCUGGAAGGAGUACGGGAAGGCGGACCGCCGCUGGCUGACCUCUGACCCCAACAUCGUCUCCAUAGAGAUCCUGACCGUGGUCCUGGACUCCCUGCUGGGUGUGGGUCUGAUCUACGCUGUGCUCCAAGACCAGUUCUACAGGUAGGACCAGAACUAUUGAUGAUCUGCACGGGGUGGGCCUUCGCUGAAAGGAAAACCCCCCAUAUGUCUUGAUACGCCCCCUUGAUAAAUACAUUAAAUGAUAAUGAAAGCAGCAGCAAUGGAUCGUGGAUCCACCAGGGGGAGCCGUGAUUAAAAAGCUGCCACGCUGAUAGAUCUACAGGCAUCUGAUAUAGCGGAUUAGAUCCAUACGUCACGGAUAGGAUCAUAUUCUGUGCUGAAUAAGAGACAUGUUAUCAUUUACAAAACAUCACCUUGUUUUUAUUUAACAAAAUAAUGUUGUUGAAUCCACGUUGGCGUAAGUACAAGCACAAGUUUGUUUUUCAUCAGGAAAUGCAGACCGGCUCAAACAAACGAUUUGUAAUCAUCAUCCUCACGAUCAUUUAAUGUAUCAUAUGUUCGCCGAAUUGACAUGAAAGCACUAAUAAAUGUGGUUUAACUACAACAAUAAUCGGUUUGUUUUGAUAUCACAUCCGAGGGGAGGAAAUGCAGCACGGCUCUCACUACCGAUUUGUAAUCCUAUUUUAAUCAUCUUCACGAUCAUUUAUGUUUAUGUUCGCCGAAUUGACACGAAAGCACUGAUAAAUAUGAAUAUACUGCAGUCAACUAAAUUAACACUUUAUUAACGUGCCCAAACUCAGUCAUUCACUAAAAAGAGGUUUAUUGUUGAUGAAGCCUCGUCAUCUCCCCACGGGCAAACGGGCUCUAAUAUGAUACUAUUGUUCAUAGUUUGCUGUAUUAUUAGUGUUUAAUAUUACUGCUAUAACAAUCACACACUGAGUUCAUUGUUGUGCAAUGUUCAAAUCAGACGGCAGCUCUCAGGUGAUCAGCUGUGUGUUUACCCACCUGAUGGCCCCUCAGCC